AUGCAAAAGAAACCAACCUCCAUCGUCCUCUACAAACUCCUCUUCCCAAGCCCAACCUCGAAGGAUCCACGCGAUUUCGACGAAUUUGUUGCACGGUGCAUAGUCCCCGAGAUACGCUGCGAGAUCAUCUCCUGGUAUGGCUUUGUGCCGGACGAGGGUGAUCUGGAGACUCUGUAUCCUGGAUGGGAUUAUACGAGCCGACCCAUACGGAUGAGACUAGGGCGUUACGCCGCUCACCGACGACUCUUUCGUGCGUUUGAGAAAGCAGACUUGAGCGAGGUUGAGAUUGACAAAGUCGCAACAUGGUUCGGUAGCAAACAUGAGAAAACGAUGCACGAACGGGAGCGGGGAGGCUCGGCGAGGGAACCGAGUGAUGGUGGGGACCUUGAGAGCGAGUAUGAGGAUUAUUCCGAUGAUUACAGCGCAUAG